CUCCAGGUAUCGUGCUCAAUGGCUCGUUUAAGACCAAGAUUUCCUUUGUGGUCCAGGAGUAAGAUCCAUAUUUCCCUCCAAUACAGAGGACAGCCAGAAGGGGAAGGCAUAGCACAGUUGAUCAAACCCUACAUUCAUCUGAGCACCAUGGGCAUCUCCCACUGCACCAUUCAGGACCUGAGGUUCCUACGUGCCUUUUUUAAUCUUUUCAGCAAGCUAAUGGAAACGAUUCUGUAUCUUCAAGGCAAGCUGAUGAAGUUUUUGAGUUUCCCUGAGUGGUAACAACAGAGAAUUGAUACAGCUCUACAGCAGCCAAAUGCCAGCGCAACUCCACAUCUCAACUUUACCAUUAGCCUCAGAUAGCACAGAAAGGAGGAGAAGAGCCCAGAGCUGGUGCUGCUGCUGCUGUCGACGCUGCUGGGAGCCCUCAUUCCUCCACGCUGUGUCACACUGUCUGCCCAGGCUUUGCAGCCAUUUGAUUUAUUCCUAUAUAUAAACUCUGGAGAUGCUUCAUGCCAGCAACGUGGCACAUUUCCAGCGCAGCCAGGCCAGCCCAUGGAGGGCAUCCAGGGCUAUGCAGCAGGAAUCAGAGCUAUUCUUCAUCUGGUCUUGAGACAGACUGGCCAACCUGCUCAGCAACAAGGUCCUGGCAGUCCCUGCAGAUGAUAUCAUCCCAUCAAAUCCAGGCAAAUCCACCUGGGCAAGGCGUUCCCCACUCUGCAGAGCUUGACCAUAUGGCUGAAGAAUAAGCCGUGAAGGGACAGAGGCUUUGAACUGAAGUCCUCAGAUCUGGAGCCUCCUUGCUGGGUUUUCUGCCUGAUCCUGUCAAAUCAUGGGAGUCAAGAAAUCUGGAUUUUACCUCGGUUUCUCCAUGCAUUUUCUGUCUGAUCCUGUGAUGGUUGCUUAGGGCCAGUCUUUGACAGGAUGCCUGCAGUUUGACAGGAAUUUGUAACUGCAUGAAGCACAGAUAAGUUCACUAUAGAGGUACAACCCACAGGCAACAUAGGGCCUAAGGACUGCUACAGGUCAUGGCAUAGCUUUUUGUGAUAUCUGAUUCUGGUAGAGCAUAAACAAUGGGAGAUUUUACUGUAAAACGCUCACAUCUCAGAGCCCUUUGUACUUUGAUGGAUUGGGGAUUUGAAAUUCUGGAGGAAAACCCUUGGCCAUCUCCAAAGUUCAGGAGUUGGGGUUGGGGCCAGAGCUUCCUCCAGCCCCACUCUCUGAACAGAGGAGCUGCUGAGCUAUAAUUAACUGUAUUACACAGCAGCCUCCAGGACUUCUAAAGAGUUUUGCAGAUAUUAAUGACACAUAAUUACCAUGCUCGCAGCACCCUGCAAGACCAAGCUAUUCUCAUUUUAAACAUGAAGGAACUGGGUCAGAUCAGUGGGCCGCUCACCUGGAGAGGGGCAGCAGAUGCUGCUGCUGAAAUGGAGCAGCCUUGGAAAGGGUGACACAUGGGGAUGAUCUUUGCAGGUUGAAGCUUCACAGAACUGAAAACUUCAGAGAAAUCAGGGGGACACAGAAAAAGUGCUUAGAGACUAUUUCAGUUUUAUUUCUGAAUGAAUCUAUUUCCACCCAUUUGUUUCCAACACGUUUUCCUUACAUGAGGUACAGGGAUAUAUUUGUGUUGUAUGAAUGUCACCUCUUAUAGCUCAUUAAUAUAAAGCACUUUCCAACAACAGCGGGGGGUUUCCUUCAUCUGUGUUAGGUUAUUAGGGAUCCAUAUUGAAUGUAACAUCCUCCUGUCUUCCCUGCCAGGAUGAUUCAAAUAGCAAAUGCAUUUCUCUUUUGGCACAGGUCCUCACUGAAUCAGCUUCUCAGACUGGUUCAUCACCUAAUGGGAUCACAGGAUCCUAAAUUAAGAGUCCACAUUUUAUAUAAAAGGAUGAAGAGAUAAAAUGGAAGGAAAACCAUGAACAGGAGAUGGUUUGUUCUCUGGGUCUGUGUCUGCCUGGUGUUGCAAACCAGCAUUUGAGUUCAGCCUGGCUUUGGGCAGCUGCUGCACAGAGACACCCCAAAGGCAGGAAUCACAGCACUGGGAGCUGCCAAGCACCACUGCAUCCCAGUGGGGACACUGCUCACAUCACCACCCUGGUGGGACACAGCAGCCUGCUCCUUCCCACCACAGGACCCUUCUCCACUUAAAUCUUAUUUUCACUUCCAAAUCCCCAUUUAAAACUGGACAUCUUUGGGGUUUGCUUUGACUAAGAACUGAUAAGCUUUCUUUAAAAUAUUUCCCUCUAGGCUACGUUGUGCUUCAUUUUCCCUGGCUCCAGGAGACAAGAGGUGGGAAGCAUGUGUAGAUCCAUCCUCACAACAGAAUCACUUUGAAGACUGUAUUCAAGAGAAAUUGUGAAUCCCUUGUUUGGAGGACUCGAGGCUCAGUCUUUGAGCUAUAUGUAGAAACAUUUGGUGGUGGUGAAAUGAGAAGGUUUGCAUGUUGUAGGGGUCGAAUGCAGCAUCCCAUCCGGAUAACGUGUGUAACUGGUUGGACACUGCUGGUGUUCAGCACAAGUCUCCCUGCAGAAGAGGAGGGUGACUGCAUGUCAGGAUGGCGACUUCCAACCUGGAGAACCAGCUGCAGAGUGCCCAGAAGAACCUGCUGUUUCUCCAGCGAGAACAUGCCAACACCCUGAAGGGCCUCCACGCCGAGAUCCGACGCCUGCAGCAGCACUGCACAGAUUUAACCUAUGAGCUGACUGUAAAGAGUGAAGACUUGUCAGAAAAUGGCAGUUCAAGAAGCGAUGAACUCAAAAGUAAGUGCAAAGAUUUGGAAGCUCAGCUGAAAGCCAAAGAGGCUGAAAACAAUGAAUUAUUGAAAGAACUCGAACAAAAGAACGCGAUGAUAAUGGUGCUGGAAAACACCAUUAAAGAGAGAGAAAAGAAGUAUUUGGAAGAGUUGAAAAUGAAAAGCCAUAAGCUCAAUAUGUUGUCGAGUGAACUAGAGCAGAGAGCCAGCACUAUUGCUUACUUAACGUCCCAGCUGCAUGCGACUAAGAAGAAGCUGAUGAGCUCAAGCGGGACUUCGGAGGGGACCCCUUCUGGCAGUCCCGUGCUGUCCAGCUAUAAGCCGUCCCCUCCCAAAGACAAACUGCCGGAGACCCCGCGGCGCAGAAUGAAGAAGAGUCUGUCGACACCCCUGAACCCUGAGUUCGAAGAGGCCUACAGAAUAGGGUCGGAUAGCCGGAAGCUGCUGUUGAGAGAGCCCGUGGAUGCCAUGCCGGAUCCCACCCCGUUCCUGUUGGCCAGGGAAACGGCAGAGGUGCAUCUCAUUAAGGAGAGGCCGUUAGUUAUCCCACCCAUUGCUUCAGACCGUGCCUCGGGUGAGUCGCACAGCCCAGCCCGAGAGAAGCCGCACAAGGCCCACAUCGGGGUGGCGCAUCGCAUCCACCACGCCGCGCCAGCCCAGCCCCAGCCGGAGGUGGAAACGCUGGCGGUGGAUCAGGUCCAUGGAAGCAAAGUGGUCAGGAAGCACUCAGGGACAGACAGAACUGUUUGAGUAAAACCACUGCAAUGCUCUGUUCUGUUGCUGUUUAUGCACUGUGAUCCUGUAGGAUAAUUAGCACCUGCAGUAAAGUUUCUUUUGAUGCCCCAUGCAUGCCAAACUUCUUCCAGAUCCAUCAUUAAUAGAUUACUCUCCUCUAACGAAACCUAAUAGGACUGUGUUCAUAUGGCAAGGUGUAUAACUACUACAUGCUGUGGCCAAAUCAGGGGUACCUGACCGCUUGCUUCUGCGCACCGCUCCAUCUGUUGUAACCACUCGUGUGGACGAAGGCGCGGGCUGCGCUGUGAAUCACUCUUAGUGCAAACAAACCUAACUGAGAACGGCUGUCAGCAUUCCAGCUGCCGGGGGCUCGUUUGGCUUCACAUAAGCACUUCACACCGACCUCCAUGACAAAGCCUUUGUCACGCUAGUGUUGAAGAUAGUGCAGAAGCACGUACACGUUAAAGUGAGCGAUGGACAUCAUCAUCUUCACGUGCACCUGGCUGCAAACUGUGUUCUUAGUUUCUCUGUCUCAAAAUGCUGAGAGUCCCAGUGAGCAUUACUCGAUUAAUCCCAAAUUCUUUGGUUUGUGGCUUUGUUUAACAAUAGGGGGGUGAGGGUAAAGCACUCUUUUAAAGGGUUAAUGAUCUCAGAGUAUGAACACAGGUUGUUUGGGGGGUGUUUUUGGUUUGUUUCAGUUUUUAACUGAAUGGCUCCAUUACACAUUUCACACUGUCAGCACACUGCACUUGUAGCACCUUCCAUACUGGCUCAGAGCUCCUUUUCCAGGGAGAGAACGUACCUGGCUGUCCAAUAUGGAAAUGGGUCUUUAUGCUCUAACCUGCACUUUUUGUCUAAAGGGAUUAUUUUUGUUUCCCAAAAACCUGAGUCUUGUUCUGGGCACUGUCAGCCAGUGCUGGCUUCUGCCAGCCUGGAAACUGAGCUGUCCCUCUCGAAUGUGUGUCUUAAUUUUAACAGUUAAGUGAUGUAUCCAAUUCCUACAGGAAGAGAACCUGCCAUCCUGGAGUUCUGUCCUUGUGGAUUGGGAUGGACUUGCCUUGCACUUGCCCCCAUUCCCCUACUCCUUUCUAGUGAGCAACAGGUAGACCCAGUGGCUGUUAGACUACUUGAUUCUUUUUUAUCAUUUAUUUCCUAGGAAAGAAAGGCAUAGUGGGAGCUGUGGGAGCUGUGGUUUGGGGAAAGGAGCACAAAUUGACCAUUUUUCUUAAAUUGUGAUCAGCACCUCCAGCUCGCCUCUGCUUCACUCUCGUCUGCAGCCUCUGAGCAGGAGCAGCAGGAAACGAUGGCUCCCAAAUGCUGCUAAGCUUAUGAUGUGCCUUUAAAUAUUUGGAACGCAUAAUCCCAGUGAAAGCUGAUGAAGGAUCCCUGCCUGCCCUCUGUCCUUCCCCUUCCCAGCUCUAGUCUGCCCCUGUAAGCUUUCCUGCAGCUGUGUGUUGGUGUGUGUCCCUCUGGAGCUGUGGAUCGCUGCCCGUCGGCUCCCCCAAAGGCACGGGCAGGAUGACAGAAGCCGCAGCUGUGGCGCUGCCCAGGAGCCCGCAGGGGCAGAGAUGGAGCCCUCAGGCCUCCUGGGCCCACCCCGCGCUCCCUCGCGACUCGGGCUCUUGCUGUUCUGAAGCCCAAGAGACUCCUCAGUGUUGUGCCCGGCUGGUUGUGUGGCGGGAGUUGUUCUGGGAAUGGUGGGGAGGGAUAGGGAAAAGCGGUGUUACUGGAAAAGGCUUGGUUAGAGAGUGUUACUGUGUGUGUUACUACUGUACGUGUAUUGCGUUGACCAGCAGUGGGUUUGGGUUUUCUGGCUGUUGUUGCCGUAUUUUUAUGGCCAUGUCUUGUAUGACUGAUCGACCCUGCUGCUUGUUCAAGGAUGAUGGACGGCACCGCUUCUAAGCACAGCAGAAGUGAUGCUUUGGGCAAUUAAAAACAUUUCUUACAACCCUA